CAUACGAGUGCCAUUAAACUAAAAGUAAAAAUGUUAAAAACUAUUCCGCUGUUUAUGGUAUUUCUGAUUGUUUUAGUUAAAAUUCAGUCCAUAUAUUCCUCUGAUAACUUAUAUACAUCCUCCCGAAAAAAUAUUUAUUAUAUUGAAAACGAAAAAAAGUAUAAUUGGAUGGGGGCUUUAAUAAAAUGUGCCAGCAUGAACAUGACUUUGGUAACAAUUGACACGAAGGAAAAAUCUAACGAAAUAACCGAUCUCUUGAGAAAUACAUUUGGAAAUGUAAAUCCCUUAUGGAUAGGAGCUAUAACUUCUGGCGCAAAUCCUCUUGAAUAUGUUUGGAUAUCAACUGGUAAUAAAUUUACUUUUACGAAUUGGGCCCCCGGACAGCCUGAUUUUUAUAUGAACCAAGAAUAUUGCGUUCAGACUGGUUGGUCCGAUGAAAUUAAAUGGAAUGAUCAUUAUUGUUUCACUAAUUUUGGUGUUAUAUGUGAAUAUGAUCAUUGGAAAGAGACUAUGGAAGUUGAGUUGCAAGAGCAAUUAGCUAAACAACAGCAACUUAAAAAUGAAGCAGACAGUUGUCACUGGACCUUGAAAAAUAUUGUUUUAUUAGCAAAUGAUAAAUUAGAACAUUACGAGAAUAAAAUUAAUUAAAUAAAAAUUUGUAUAACCAACUAUUUAAAUAAUUUUCUCUAAUCUCGAUGUUAUUUUUUGCGCUGAUUCCAAAUAUGGAAAUAAAGAAAGUCGUAUCUAAACCA